CUCAAAGUUCCCGACGUUCCGUGUAGUCUGGAGCAUCGGGAGAAAAUCCGUGUGGGCCAUGCAAGCAUAACUGUCACCGCCUGCGCGUGAAUACAAACGUUUUCACUAAUGUAAGAAAUAAAAAACGCGUGGAUACAAACUCCGGUGCAGCUUACGGAUCAGCAAAACGCGCGUUGCUGAUUCGAAACUAAGAAACGGAGGAGACAACCGCACAUCGCUCAACCAUAAAUUCAUGGCCAGCUCCCAGUCAUUCUAUUUGCAGCACAUCAGUCACAGCUCGCAAGAACCUGAAUCAAACAUGUCCCGGCCAUUCCCUCCACUGUUCGUCACACUGGUCCUGCUGCUGCUAACGUCGACCUCGUCGCCGGCCACCGCCGCGGCAGAGAUCGCGGAGGCGCCGUCCGCCGUUGGCUGCAGCGGGAGCGCGGAGGCGGCGUCGCGGGUGGUGGCGGAGAGCUGCACGGACGACAUCGUCAGGUCCUUCUUCGGCGUGCGCGGCAGCGACCUCUGCUGCCGCGCGCUGGAGACGGCCGGCGCCGGGUGCUACCGCGCGGCGUUCUCCGGCUCCCCGUUCGCCGAUAUCUACCCGACCAUCCUCGGUAACGUCUGCGGCCUCGCCGUGGCUCCCAGCCCCGGGGAGCGGUCGUACUACUAGCCUAAUCUCCGGUUGUAACCGAAGUUGAGAAAACGAGAUGUAAUUAUAAGAUCAUCUGAAAUAAAAUCGGCUACGUGGUA